GUGAUAGAAAGCUCACUAUGAAAGGAGUGAUUAUCCUGCUGUGCUGUCUGAUGAUCCCCUCGAUCAGUAACGGUAAUGAAGAUGCAAAGCGUUUAUACGAUGAUCUCAUGGUCGAUUAUAACAAACAUAAAAGACCAGCGAUCGGUCCUCAUAAGCCAGUAACCAUAAAGCUAAAACUGCGUUUGAGCCAGAUUAUAGAUGUGCACGAAAUUGAUCAAAUUAUGUCCUGCUCGGUGUGGCUAAAGCAAGUUUGGACCGAUAAACGUUUGUCAUGGGAUCCAAAGAGUUAUGGAGGUGUAAAUGUGCUCUAUGUGCCUUACGAGAUGAUUUGGGUGCCUGAUAUUGUUCUUUAUAACAACGCAGACAGUAACUAUAACAUCACCAUAUCAACCAAAGCGACGUUGCAUUUUUCUGGCCAAGUCACAUGGGAACCCCCAGCUAUCUUCAAAAGCAUGUGCCCGAUCGAUGUAAGAUGGUUCCCAUUCGACAGCCAACAGUGCUACAUGAAGUUCGGUUCAUGGACAUAUUCCGAAAAGCUCUUGCGUUUGGAGCUGCUUGAUGAGAAUGUUCGCUAUGAGGAGGAGGUUAAUGAGAGAGGCGUCGUUGACAAUAUAACCAUAGCAGAGGAUGGAAUAGAUCUAUCCGAUUACUAUCCAUCAGUUGAAUGGGAUAUAAUGUCAAGAGUAGGCAUUCGCCGUUCAAAAAACUAUCCAAGUUGUUGCAAAGAAAGUGCAUAUAACGAUAUUACGUACUACUUAAGUCUUCGUCGUAAACCACUUUUCUACACCGUCAACCUGGUAUUUCCUUGCGUCGGCAUAUCUUUUCUGACUAUAGCCGUCUUCUAUUUGCCAUCGUAUUCCGGAGAAAAAGUGUCACUGUGCAUAUCCAUACUAGUUGCGUUGACUGUGUUUUUCUUGUUGUUGAUCGAUCUCAUUCCGGCUACAUCUGUGACUCUACCACUGAUAGGAAAAUACUUAGUUUUCAAUAUGAUUAUGGUUACUCUAAGCGUUCUCAUCACUGUGGUUUCAUUGGGUUUUCAUUUUCGCACACCACCCGCAGAAAUGAUGCCGAGAUGGGUUCGGAUCGUCUUCUUGAAUUGGUUGCCUAGAAUUCUGCUUAUGGAACAACAGCCAAAUGGCGACGACGAGUCGUUUCGACGGGUCAGCUCGAAGAAAAUGGCAUUUAUUUCUUUGGAUGGCAAAAUCCCUCUCAACUACCAUGAACAUCGUGUAAGCAGAGAUGCGCCGCUUGAUGAAAGGAUCCAAAAACUGUAUUAUUCUCCCCAGGUUAUAAAAGCUUUUGAAAACAUUGUGUUCAUUGCUGAAAUCCUAAAGAAGAAUGAUCGCUGUGAUAAGCUUGAAGAAGACUGGAAGUACGUUGCGGCUGUGCUCGACCGAUUAUUUCUCUUCAUUUUUGCUAUCGCUUGUCUUACUGGAACACUUUAUCUACUUUUGCAAGCACCAACAUUGUAUGACUAUAGGAAACCAAUUGAUCUGCAGUAUCGUCCAGCUGAUUUGAGCACACUUUUAUGAGAAUUCUGUGCACUGAAAUAGGCCUAGAUUUGAUUUAGCUGCUUAUCUUCAAAAGAUAAAGCUUUCUGCUUUUCGACGCUGAACA